CUUCCCAGCAGCCUGGGUGUUGUUUCUAAGGGUCCUGGGUGUUGUUUCUAAGGGUCCUGUAAGCCCUGAGGUGGCAACUUCUGAAUGUGCUAUCCUCCUUUGUGGGGCUAUUCCAUCCUCCAUCCCCAGGCUGGCAAGAUCCUGGAUGUGGGCCUAGUUGCUCCCGACAUUUCGACCUGGAGGUUGAAUCAGCAGCUUCACUGAGGCCAACCCUGAGUCCAUGCCCCUACCCGGGUGCUGUUAAGGCUGCCAGGGGCUCAGCUCUGCUUACAUGGAUGGGACGGAGACCCGACAGCGGCGGCCAGAGGAGCUGGUUCUGCCACACAAACUCAGUCCUGGAAGACUCUCUGCAACCUCAGAAGAUGGACCUCUGAGUGAAUCUGAGAGCCAAAGGGCGGUCCCUAAACCACUGGGGACUGAGCUCAGCGGGGAAACUGCCUUGUCCAUUGGCCUUCAGGUGGUAGUGCCCUUCAUGUUUGCAGGACUGGGACUCUCCGGGGCUGGUGUACUUUUGAACUAUUUCCAGCAUUGGCCCGUGUUUGUAGAGGUUAAAGACCUAUUGACGUUGGUGCCAUCCCUGGUGGGCCUGAAGGGGAACCUGGAAAUGACGUUGGCGUCACGACUCUCCACAGCUGCCAACACUGGACAAAUUGAUGAUCCCCAGGAGCAGCACAGAGUUAUCAGCAGUAACCUCGCCCUCAUUCAGGAGAUCGAAGAAAAGAAUAGCAACAACUCUCUCAUCAGAAAAGCGACUACCUUCUGGAAGGUGCAGGCCACCGUCGUGGGGCUCCUGGCUGCCAUGGCCGCCCUGCUGCUGGGCGCUGUGUCUAGGGAGGAGUUAGAUGUGGCAAAGGUGGAGUUGCUGUGUGCCAGCAGCGUCAUCACCGCCUUCCUCGCCGCAUUUGCCCUCGGAAUGCUGAUGGUUUGUAUAGUGAUUGGCGCUCGGAAGCUCGGGCUCAACCCAGACAACAUUGCCACGCCUAUUGCUGCCAGCCUGGGAGACCUCACUACAUUGUCCCUUUUGGCUUUUGUCAGCAGCUUCUUCUACAAAUACAAAGACAAUCGAUACCUGACGCCGCUGGUGUGUAUUGGCUUCAUGGCCCUGAUCCCCGUGUGGGUCCUCAUUGCCAAGCAGAACCCACCCAUCAUGAAGAUCCUGAAAUUUGGGUGGUUCCCAAUCAUCCUAGCGAUGGUCAUCAGCAGUUUUGGAGGGCUCAUCUUGAACAAAACUAUUUCUAAACAGCAGUACCAAGGCAUGGCCAUAUUUACUCCCAUCAUAUGUGGUGUUGGUGGCAAUCUGGUGGCCAUUCAGACCAGCCGGAUCUCCACCUACCUGCACAUGUGGAGCACGCCUGGUGUUCUCCCCCUCUGGAUGAAACAGUUCUGGCCUAACCCAUGCUCCACUUUUUGCACCUCAGAAAUUAAUUCCAUAUCAGCCCGAGUCCUGCUCUUUCUGGUGGUUCCGGGCCAUCUGAUUUUCUUCUACAUCAUCUACUUGGUGGAAGGCCAUUUGGUCCCAGACAGUAAGAUCUUUGUGGUGUUCUAUCUGCUAGCAAGCCUGAUCCAGGUGACGAUUCUCCUGUACCUGGCAGAAGUGAUGGUUCGGCUGACAUGGCACCAGGCCCUGGAUCCAGACAACCACUGUAUCCCCUAUCUCACAGGGUUGGGGGACCUCCUAGGGACUGGCCUUCUGACACUCUGCUUUCUUAUCAACUGGUUAUUGAGGAGUGAAACAGGGCUGGAUGGCUUCUCAGAACCAGCAUCUGGACCUCCCUAAUGAGCCCAGGCAGCCCCAGUUGCUCAGUAGAAUUUUCCUUCACACCAGCAGGGUACAGAAUACAGUUUCUCCCUGCCUGGGUCCUCAGGAAAGAUGGUUGACACCCUGCCUCUGCAGUGGCCCUUUGUCAGUCUGCUAAGGACACUAACACACAUCUUGACUCUGGAGUUGGAACCUGAGCCUAUGAGGGUGAGGGAGGCCUGAAAUCAGAAGCAUUGUUUGUGUGUGAAUGUGACUGCAUGUUCCCGGACAUAAGUGCACACCCAUGUGCUUGGUGAGUGCAAAUGAGUGUGCAUGUAUGUGUGGAGAGCAGGGGACUCUGGCCUGAAGACGCUGAAGGAAGAGACAUGUCCGGUGCACUUGGGAGAUAUGCUGGCACUGUUCUGUGCCCAUGCAGCCUGGAUUGGGGAGGAGCAGGAAUGAGACGCCUUCUGUGCCCAAGCCUCAGGACUGAGCUGUGGCUUAAGCACAGUCUUCACCAGCUCUGAGCUUCGUUGGCCAUUUUGCCAGUGUGCCUGCAAAUGUGCAGCCCUUCCCAAAACAGCCCUUCCUUGCACACCCUUCAUCUGCUCCCAGUAUUUAAUCCUGUUAAUGUUUUUUCUCUUUUUCUUCCUUUUAUGUUUAAGCAAAACUUCUGUUUAGAUUUUAAUGAUCAGAGAAGUAUAAAAUAAAACAUAGAUUAUAUUAUA